CUCUUGAAUUUAUGUUUAAAAACGUUAUAUUAUUUAGGAGAAAUAUAUUUUUUACCAAAUUUGGUAGAGAUUCAUACAGGAAUUUAUUAACUACAAAAUGUAAAACUAAUUAACAUACUCAACUCCAAGCAGAUAGGUAAUUCAAAAAUAAGAAUUACUUACACACAUUUUUUAUUCGUAGUUAUUAAUAAUUAUUGUAUUAGGCGCAGGUGAUAGUGAAUUAGGUUUAGCACAAGUGUAUUGAUGAUUAUUUGACACAUGUUAAAUAAAAAACAACAGCUUCAAAAGAAUAUUGUACUAUAAUUUACUAUUCAUUUACAUAAAUGAAUGUGUUUUUUAAAAAUUUUACUAUAAAUGUUUCAAAGAAACUCUUUCUUCAUGAAAAAUUCAUAACAUUGCUUUUAGGAAUACGGAGUGUGUUUGACUUUUCUCUACAAAUUUAACAAUAUUUAUAAUUAAACAACUGUAAUUAAAAAAAAAACGAGUAUUUAAGAAUCCUGCAUCGAAAAAGUGUCAACGGUAAUAUGAACACCCCCAAUAAAAGCUCCCGUAAAGCUUGUGAGCUUGGCAUACUUGACAAAUCAAUAGGAUAAAAAACUUUAUGCCAGUCUUACUCAACGCGUAUACAACAGCAGGAUAACGGUGCAAAAUUAUAGCGGCGAUUACUAACAGUUAUUUGGUUGAUUUCAAAAGGAAAACCCUCUUAAAAAGAGGUUUCCGAAAGAAAAUAACACUUAAAGCAGUUUUGAAGCCUCAGCAAAAUGCGUGGACUCGUCGAGGAUACGAAAAAGACCAAGUUGUCGUCCGCCAACAACAACAACGUCAGCAGCAGCAGUAGUGCCAGCAAUCGCAUAAAAUCAGCGAAUACAGUGGCAGGAUCCAGUGCCAGCAGCACGAGUUCGAAGCCAUUAAGGAGUGCGGUGAAAACGCCAACAAUGAGCAGCACGACGUCAUUGGGAGCAGGUGCAGCUGUGGCCAAGAAGGCGCCUCAAACGGGGCAACAACAAGUUGGCAAGUCUGCAAAGUCCUCGGCGUCAGCAGCAACAACAACUGGAACAACAGCAACAACAAGGGCAGCAGCGGCGGCGGCCAAAACUCAAAAGGGUCACAAUCCACCCCCACCACAAGUGCAACCGAAGCAGCAGCAGCAACAGCAACAACAACAGACACAGCAGCAACCCUUAGUGUUGCAGCAACAACAGCAACACCAGGCGAACAACAGCAGCAACACGAUUGCCCUGCCAAAAGCCUCACAUGCCAACACCAGCGAGGAGUUGGCCGGCGGUGUCCAGGACACCAUUUACCUGUGCAACUUUCGGGUGUCCGUCGAUGGCGAAUGGCUGUGCCUCAAGGAGCUGCAGGACAUUGAUGUUGCCGGCGGAACAGGCAACCAGGCAGCACAAUCCAGUGAAAAACAGGGAGGCACCUCGAACACAGGUUUUGGAUCGAACUUUAGCACAGGAUCCAACUCCAGCAAGCGCAACAGCAAGCGCUUCUCCGGAUUGUCCGCAGGAAGUGGUGGUGGAGGAAACGGCGGCGGCGGAGGAGGCGGCGUUCUGGACAUCACGGACAAUGGUAUUAUGGCAAUUGAAAACCUUAUCGGACGCCGGCUGUGCGACAUGGUCCACAGUGGCUCCUCGGCACUCGGCCAGUCCCAGUCGCACUCCCAGUCGCAGCACCAGAGUGUCGGCCUCUUCGCCGAGUGGUCGCAUCUCUCCCGGGAUACGGCGGAGAUCGAACGCAGCAACCUGGUGAACAUCUGCAAGCUGGUGGUCAAGGAGCUGUUGGAGCAGUCGCUGCGCUACGGCCGCAUGCUGGACUCCGAUCACCUGCCGCUGCAGCACUUCUUCAUCGUCAUCGAGCACGUCCUGGGACAUGGUCUGCGGCCCAAGAAGGGUCUCCUCGGGCCGCGCAAGGAGCUGUGGGACCUGCUGCAGAGCGUCGAGCACUACUGCCCGGAGGCGCAGGAUAUAACGGCGAGUGUGAGGGACCUGCCCACAGUUCGGACCCACAUCGGCAGGGCGCGGGCCUGGCUGAGGAUCGCUUUGAUGCAGAAGAAGCUGUCGGACUACCUGCAGGCCCUCAUUGAGCACAGGGACGAUUCGCUGUACGACUACUACGAGCCGCAUGCUCUGAUGAUGAGCGACGAGAUCGUUGUGAUAAUGGGCAUUCUAGUGGGCUUGAACGUGAUCGAUUGCAAUCUGUGCGUCAAGGAGGAGGAUCUGGACUCCCAGCAAGGCGUCAUCGAUUUCUCGCUGUACCUGCGUUCUAGUUCAAGAAAUGCUGAUGCCGCUCCAGAGGACAGUGCUCCGCCUGCUCUGCUGGAUGGCACUGGUCAGGGCAACAUGAUUGCGGUGCUGGACCAGAAGAACUACAUUGAGGAGCUAAACAGGCACCUAAACGCCACUGUGGGCAAUCUGCAGGCCAAGGUGGAGUCGCUAACGACCACGAAUGCCUUGAUGAAGGAGGAUUUGGCCAUUGCUAGAAAUAGUUUGUUGGCCCUCCAGGCCGAAAACCAGGCCAUGCGGCAAUCCACUCCGGCAGCGGACAACAACUCCACUGGUUCUGGGGGCUCCUCCGAUAAGGACAAGGAGAAGGCAUCCGAGGAGCUGGUUGAAGAGCGCCGCAAGACCAGCGAACUGGAGAAGGAGCUCAAACUGCAGGUGUCCCUCAAGGCCGAAUCCGACAUGGCCAUGAAGCUGCUGGAGAAGGAUAUCCACGAAAAGCAGGAUACGAUUAUCUCGCUGCGUCGCCAACUGGACGAUAUCAAGCAGAUCAACCUGGAAAUGUAUCGCAAGCUGCAGGAAUGUGAAGAUGAACUCACACAGAAGGGCGAGAUGGUCUCGCGCCUGCAAACGAAAGCCUCACAAAUUGGUAACAUUUUACAAUCGCUAGAAAAGAAAUACGAAUCGAAGCUCGUCGACCAGCAUCACCAUGGACCGGGACCGGGACUUGGAGGUGGGGUCGGAGCCAUUGGCGGAGACCGCUCCCCCAACACACGGCGACAGCAGAAUCUGGAGAAAUUCGAGGCGCUCACCAAGAAGCACAAGCAGGACGCUGGUCCGCCCAUGAAGAGGAUGCACCUCAAGAUGGACGCCUUUCCGCCCUUCGAUCCCAGCAAGUACCGCAAGUCGCCGCGUCAGCCAGAUGCCCCGGAUCCGCAGGAACAGCAGGAGAACAAGGUUGCCAAAACGCCCACGUCCGCCAAGUCCCUGAACGAUGAAUUGGCCGAGGCGGCGGCCGAGGUCAGCCAGCACUUUGGCGUGGAUGCGUCCCAAAGCGAUUACGUCCUGUGCCGGGAGCAGACGGCCGAAGGAGAUACUUAAACAACAGCUAAAUGUAGAAUAUAUGUUUAUAUGGCCAGUUUCGGUUUUCACAUUCACGGAAUUAGUAGGUUAUAAAUUGAUAAACCUAUCCAUUUUUCACAAAUCUAUACAGUCCAUAGGUUUGAUUUCAGAUCUCUAAAAUUAAGUUUAUAUUAUUUCUGAAUGUACUUAGUGACUGACCGCAUUUAUACUUAGUUAACUUUAUUUUAUAACCCAUAUUUAAACGUCUGGACACUGAAUGUAAAACAAUAUUAUUGCGAGUUCAAUUUAAAAGUUAUUAAAUGAAUUAGUGCCUACAUUUGGAAAAUCUGUACUUAUAAAUUCUUUACCCAAUAUAGACCUAAUAUCAAUAUACUUUGUUUUAAUUAAAAACAAAAUGCAUAUGUGAAAACUUGAACAGGCCUUUAUUGCUCCCACAUCCUUCAGACCUGGGUCACCACUCAAAGUCCGCGUCCAGGUCCAGAACGGAACUAAAAGUGCAACUGCUUAACAAGACUCCCAAAGGUGGAGUCCACAACUAAUAAAUUAAAGAAACCUAUAGCUCUAUAGCCCGUGUGUGUACCAUAUAGGAUGCCUUUAUUCCGUAGACCAGAUCCCCUAAAGGACAAGAAUACCAGUAUACAAAUUGUUAAAGGUUUUGAAUUACUAAUGUAUGCAACCUGUUAGCUAAAUUAUCUUCCUAGACCCCUUUAAAAACAAAGAUUAAAUACGAUUAUAAUAUAACAACGUAUGUAUGUAUAUAUGUAUUGUGCGAUUAAGAGGCUUCAGAUGUUUAUUAUACAUAUGUAUGUACAUAUGGAUCCCCACGCAACAGCUUAUAUUGUAAUUAUACACUCAGCCUAGUCAAAUAAAAGUAUUGUAAUUAUAUGAACACAUAUAGAGACUAUAUGAAUCUACAAAUCCAUGCAAUGUACUAUACGCGUUGGAGCAUCAGCCUAUAUUCUAAUACUCGUACUCCCCUAAAUCGAUCCCAGAGAAAUAAAAUUUAUCCGAA